UCAUCAGAAUAUACAUGUAGUUGCUACAAAAGGCCUUCUUCGUAUUUUGCCUAACGUAAAUGCCGAAAGUUAGUCUCCUUCAGAGCCGUUAUUAGGGACGUCAGAAGCGUUGCGUGACGACCCUAAUAACGGCUGCGAAGGAGACUAGCCGAAAGUAAGCCGCAUAGCGUACUGUAUGACUAAAUAUCUUUCUGAUAAUACAAAAUAGAUUUAAAAAAUUUCUAUCAGCCCCAAACGGCCAAUUUAGCCCAGUCGAACACAAUUUGGGCCCCCAAACCACCAUAUUCAAGAACUACUUCGGCCCAAUCUGGAAUUCAUUUAAGCUCGUGGGUCUACGUAAGCCCGCGAAAUUUGAAAACUCUUUGGGCCCUUAUCUAGACAGCCAAUUAGGAACCCAAAUAGCUACAUUGGCACACCACUCACCAAAAUGCCCUUAAUUUUGGGACUAAAACAAAUCUUUUGAAUUUAGAAAAAAUGUACGCCCUAUCAAAUUUAACCGCGCGAGUAUGUUGUGCCAAAUGCGGUGUUCCCCUUAGAAAAAAUAUGAGGAGAGGGUGGGGGGAGCAACAUUCGCCCGUCAAAGAGAGUGUUUUCUAGUCUAGUCCUAAUGAAACAUAAUGUCAGACUACUCAGGGGAUUUUGUCGCUGGGGGCGUUUAUUAUGGUAAUCCUCCCCUCCCACUAUCUCCACGAUCAGAAUUUAAUAGUUUUAUCAUGUGAUGUCAAUCGUCAGCCUUAUCAAAUUGCAAAGUUCACGAGCUCUCCAAUUGAUUUCGUCGCGGUUUUUAUGAAGGCAAUUGUAGAUAUCAGCAUUAGAUCCUGUAGGACUGGAAUAGCUCAAAGACCCGUUUGAUAUGUAGUGAUAUCUCCUGCACGCACGGUCGUGUUCGCCAAACAUGAAAGACAUACAGACUGUAAGGUUUUUCCUUAUUGCCUUUGUGCUCGUGUUAUGGCCAAACAUAAUAAUCACGGCGGAAGUCGAGCGCAGCGAAAAUGAGAGCCACGAACUUCGACAGAAUUCCACAGACGGCGAAGAGUUUUACGAACAAUUUUACGAAUGGUCGGUCUGGAGUCCCUGCUCUAGAACGUGUGGCAUUGGAAUAAAAUUCAAAGGGCAACUAUGCCUCAGAGAAAACAAGGCACUGUGCGAAAAGAAAUCCCGGAUAUAUCAAACUUGUAAUACACAGGCUUGUCCUCAAAGGAGCAAGAAUUUCCGUGAUGUACAGUGUGGACAGUAUAAUGGCAGAGAUAUCUUUAUCAAUGGCGAAAGAGCAACGUGGAGAUCAUUUGUGAGAGGUGACAAUCAGUGCCUGUUGUUCUGCUAUCCGUACGGAGAAGAUUUAUUUUAUUACUUUGGAAGAGCGAGAGAUGGGACCCAGUGCUCCAAAGAACCUUACGGCGUUUGUGUUUUCGGAAGAUGCAAGCCUGUCGGAUGCGACGACAAACUGGAGUCAGGAGUACACAUGGACAAGUGUCGUGUCUGUGGCGGGAACUCGACUACAUGUCAACCAAUCAGAGGAAGAGUUGAACGGUCACCGACUCAGUUUGAACGGCUUACUGGAUAUGCAGAACUGAUGGUUAUACCAAAAGGGUCGACGAGUGUCUUUCUGACAGACAAGACUUGGAACUAUUUAGCUCUAAGGAGACAAAACGGUGCGUAUAUUGUCAAUGGUAAUCGCAUCGUCAACUGGUCUGGUAUCUUCAAAGCGGGCGACUUGGAUAUACAGUACAAAAGACUAUCAAAUAACAUCGGGGAGACUAUUCAAAUAUUUGGACCCACAAGUGAAAAUCUAUUUGUAACGGUAAGCCUCGCAAAUUCUUAUAAACCUUAGCAAAAGAAUAAUUGCUGCCAUCUUCGCGUAUUACUUGGUGCUUCAAAUAAAAAAAAUAAAAAAACACGCACACUAACGCUGAAAGCGCAAAGUUUAUUUGAGGCCAUGCCGCCCCCCUCCCCCACCACGGAGAAUUUUAAAGUCACUGGUCCUCGGAAGUUUGAUUUUAUGCAUUUGGAAGAUCCUUCACAAUGUAGAAGCCGCUUACUCAUUCAUUUAACAUCUAUGGUCAAUUUAGAGGGUUCCAUCGAGGCGUUGCAUGUAUCUCAAUUCCUAAUUAUCUUUACAGUGGCACCUCGAUUUAACGAACCUCUAUUUAACGAAGUCCUCGAUAUAACGAAGGA